AGUUUAAGGCUUGCUCCACGCCUGUCUUGCUGGAUUGAGGAAGUGUUGGCGGAGCAAUGUGAGGGGAGGGACUCCGCUGCUAUGCCUUCGUCUGGGGACAGGCAGCAGGUGGAGGGACGCAGGCUCAUGUCAUAGUCACAUCUGUCCCGCCGUGCCAUGGAGAGUAGAAACAAAGAUGUACGAAACCCUACAGAGGUGCGUAUGAGUCAGAUGGUGCUCCCAUGUCACGCCAACCACCGUGGUCAGCUUAGCACUGGACAGCUGCUGAAAUGGAUAGACACGGCAGCCUGCUUGUCAGCCGAGAGGCAUGCAGGCUGCCCGUGUGUCACUGCCUCCAUGGAUGACAUCUAUCUUGAGCAUACAAUAAGUGUGGGACAUGUUGUUAACCUGAAGACAAAGGUGAACCGAGCCUUCAAUUCCAGUAUGGAGGUUGGAAUCCACGUCACUUCAGAAGACUUGUGUAAUGGAAAAGAAUCGAAAGUCUGUCAGGCAUUUGCUACUUUUGUUGCACAACCACAGGAUAAUAAAAAGGUGAAACUAAAACCGUUGACUCCACUCACUGAAGAAGAGCAUCUGGAGCACAGCAUUGCUGCUGAAAGACGACGCAUGAGAUUAGUCCAUACUGACAAUAUAAAGGACCUUCUGACUCGGAGCACCCAGCAGGAUGAAAGAAGCAGAGAAGGAGGGAUGAAUGGAGAAGUCCUUGCCCAGAAAACUCACGUGGAGAGCGUUGAACUGGUGCUGCCUCCACAUGCCAACCACCAGGGCAAUACUUUUGGUGGACAGAUAAUGGCCUGGAUGGAGAAUAUUGCAACAAUAGCUGCCAGCCGGCUUUGUCACGCUCAUCCAACUUUAAAGGUAAUUGAAAUGUUCCAUUUUCGAGGACCCUCACAAGUUGGGGACCGAUUGAUCCUAAAGGCCAUUGUCAACAAUGCCUUUAAAGACAGUAUGGAGGUUGGGGUCUGCGUCGAGGCAUUUUGCCAUGAUGUGAGUGUGCCCAGAAGACACAUAAACAGCGCUUUCAUGACCUUCGUGGUCCUGAAUGAAGACAAUCACCCGUGUAUCCUUUCUCGCAUCAAACCGGAGCCGGGGGAUGGAGAAAGGCGGUAUCGAGAAGCAAUUGCUCGGAGGAAGAUUAGACUGGACCGCAAAUAUGUCAUCUCGUGCAAACAGUCAGAGGUGCCUCUGUCAGUCCCAUGGGACCCCUGCAAUCAGGUUUACCUCAGCUACAACAAUGUGUCUGCCCUGAAAAUGUUGGUGUCUAAAGCUGACUGGGGCCUGGCUGCCGAAAUCAAUAAGGUCCGCCUGUACACCUUGGAGGACGGCUCAUUUCUAUCCUUCAAAGUUGAAAUUCUGGUGUCCAUUGAUGCAAGACAAACCUUCAACCUGCUCUCUGAUCUGACCCGUCGCAGUGAAUGGGAUCAUUAUUACAAGGAAUGCCGACUCCUGCAACAAGUGAAUGAAGAUGAUGCAAUUUAUCACGUAGUCAGCACCGUGCGUAGUGCAGAUGGCAAGCUUCAAGAUUUCAUCAUCCUGGCUUCUCGGCGGCUACCCUGUGAUGUUGGAGACCCUUAUGUUAUAGCGUUUCGCUCGGUUACCCUCUCUACCCAUCCCCCCUGUGAGGAGUACACCCGGGGAGAGACUCUUUGCUCCGGAUUCUGUAUCUGGUCACAAGGACCCAUGACAAAGAUCUCCUAUUACAAUCAGUUUACCCCAGGAAUUGUCUCGCAAUUAACUACCAACAUCACCGGAUUAUCGUCAGAUUUCGCUAGCACUUAUCAAGCCUGUGAGCGAUUUCUUAUUGACAAUGUGAAGGACUCUAACCCGCCGUAAAACACGGAUCAGAUUUAUGAAAAUAGUCUAAAAGAAAAGCUGUCUUUGAAGCCCGUAGUAGCCAAUCACAGCACAACUUUUAUUUUGUGUGUUGCUCCUAAUAAUUGAAAGCUGUGCUGUGAUUGGUUGUUGUGGUCCACCAACAGUUUUUUGAUUAGGUAAUUUAGUAAUUCCGCCCCAUAAUGCAUUUGUAGACCCGUCCUUAUAUUCAGUGCAUAUAACAUGCCCAUCACCCAACAGACUGCCCCGUAAACAUGGCCAUACACAUUAAACGAACAUUGACUGAACCCAACAAUUUCAGCGUGACCAGCCACCGAUAUAAUGUGUAUGAAGAUGUCCUCCCUGUCCCCUGAUGGCAGAUAUUAGACAUGGACUUCAACAUGCUCGAUCCUUCUGUUCACAAGGGAGUACUUGCCAACUCUCCCCAAACACGGGGGAGGCUCCUGGAAGAAUGGGAGACCUCUUGGACUCCCAGUAGAGCGGAAAAAUCUCCCAGGAACAGCAGAGCUGCUUUCUCCCCGUCGCUUUGCCAUUGCUGCACUCACUCAGGCUGCAGGCUCCUCUGCUCAGGUCCCAACAGGAUAUCUUCCCUUCUCUUCCAGUUCAACUGCAUAAUAGUAAAAGGGAAGACAUCUGGUCAGGACCCCAGUGGAAGAGCCUGGAGCCUGUAUAACAAGUUAGGCUACUUUCACACUUGCGGCAGAGUGAUCCGGCAAGCAGUUCCGUCGCCGGAAUCUGCAUUCCAACGGACAGCUUUUGUAGACGGAUCCGUUUCAAUUUUUUUCCACAUUUCUAAAGGUCUGCACAUGCGCAGACCGAAAGGACGGAUCCGGCAUUGGGGUAUUUUUAAUGCCAGAUCUGGCACUAAUACAUUCCUAU